AACAAUAACUAAUAAUGUUGGUAGUGCCGUCGUUGAGUUAAGACGCUGGUGUGGUUACAGUAUCAGAGAAAAUCCAUUUUAAUACGGCUCAGAAAUUUGCAAAGUAGUGUCUGUGUACUAUGGCUGUUAAUAAGAAGAUAGAAGAAGGUUUAGAUCAUAUAAAAGCGGCUGAAAAGAGUCUGAAGACUUCUUUAUUAAAAUGGAGACCAGACUUUGAUAUUGCAGCAGAUGAAUACAGCAAAGCAGCUACUUGCUUUAAAAAUGGCAAGUCAUUUGAGCAGUGUAAAGAAUGUCUGUUAAAAGCUGCUGAUUGCCACAAGCAAAACAGAUCAUUAUUCCAUGCUGCCAAGUGUAUUGAUCAAGCAGUGCUUGUGUGCAAAGAUUUGGGAGACUACAGGGAUGUGGCAUCACUGGCUGAAAGAGCGUGUAACUUGUACCAGCAACAUGGCUCUCCUGAUUCAGGUUCUGCAUCAUUGGAUAAAGCAGCCAAAUUAUUGGAGUCACAGCAUCCUGAGCAAGCACUCAGACUGUAUCAGCGUGCUGCUGAAGUAGUUUUAAUUGAAGAUAGUCCCAGACAAGGGGCUGAAUUUAUGAGUAAAGUUGCACGUAUCAUGGUCAAACUACAGAUGUAUGAUCAGGCAGCUGAUGCUCUACGCAGAGAAAUAGGGUUGCACCAGCAGUCUGAAAACAUAGCUGCUAUUGGUCGCUUGGCUGUUGCAUUGGUAUUGGUACAGUUGGCACGUGGAGACACAGUUGCUGCAGAGAAGGCUUUCAAAGAAUGGGGAAAUUGCUGUGAUGUUUCUGAGGUACAGACUCUGGAGAUGCUGUUGCAGGGUUUUGAUGAGGAGGAUCCCCAAGCAGCCAGGCAAGCUCUCAGCAGUCCUUUCAUCAAGCAUAUGGAUGUCGAAUAUUCCAGAUUAGCUAGAGAUUUGCCACUGCCUGAAGGUGAGGUGCCUGUACCCAAGCCAUCUGUCCGAGAAAAUGCUGCUCCAUCAUAUGUGUCACCCAGAGCCCUUUCUGCAGCUGCUGGCAAUGCUGAGGAAGGAAGGAAACCAGUUGCAGGAGAAUCAAAUGAAACAAAGUCUCAUCAAAGUGAUGACGAAUUUGAAGGUGGUCUAUGCUGAAAAAUAGAUCACAUUUCUGCUGAUUCAAGAUGUAUAUAAGGCACAGUAUUGUUAAACUGUUAUCAGUUAUGUGAUACAUGUGCAAUUUUUCUCAUGUAGUAUAGUAGAUUGUACAAGUUCACAAAAGAGUGACUUUUCUUUUUCAGUAUAUACUAUAUAUACCAUCCAUUUGAAAUUUGUGUCUUUUCUUGGAUUUGCAGGUUUGUUUUAAUUCUGAAUAGUUCAGAUUGGCAUAAUAUUACAGAUCAAGGUUCAUUUAAAAUGUUACAGUGGCAAAAUGGCAAUGCAGGCUCUAGGUACAGAAUCCAAAAUGAAAUUAAUUGUUAUUCCAAUAAUUUAAAUUCUUUUUCCUUGCCAUGUUUCAAUCAACUGCUGUUUCAGUUCCCUUCAGUUUAUUCAUUAAUUUAUCAUAAGACUCACUUUUAAAGUUUGUGUUCUUAUAUUCUUAACUUUUAACUUUCUAGUGCUGAUAAACAUUUAUAAAGUGCAAUUAAAUCAUGCCAAAACUUGUGGGUCUUUCAUCUUGUUGCCAUGCUGGUUUCCAGAAGAUUGAAGUUAUUGCAGAUAUCUGACUCCCAAGUUUUAUUUUCUUCAGUACCAUUUCUGGGACACACCCAGCCUCCUGUCCUGUGGGUACUGGGGUCCUUUCCUGGGGGUAAAGUGCAGCUGGGUCAUGACACUGACCACUCACCCCUCACACCUAUAUCGCAUGUAGCAGGACACCAUUACUUCUUUUUACUGUGCACAUUUAUGCUGCCAUUUGUAUGGGCCUCUUAGGAUACUGUAAUCUUUAGAUUUAAAGACCUCUGAAGAAGUUGGAAUAAUAGAUCUGCUUAGCAUUAUGCUACUGGGAUCUUAGUAGGAUUUGAUUUUUUCACAGUGUAGAGUCCAAAAAUGGCUGUCUUCUGAGUUGUAGCACCAUGUAGUCUGGCAGACGUUUACCAACAUUUCAGAAGUCCUUGCUGCAUCUAUCAUCAGGGCCCUGAUGAUAGAUACAACCCAUAAGACAGCCAUCUUUCCCUGGAAUUUUGUUUACAUAAUAUCAUAAAUAAAUUUUCAGUCUUGUACACAGGUUUCAAAUGGAUUUUAAUUCCUGUCUUUAUAUGCAAGUUAAAUUUAAGUGUAUCGUUGUAGUGGGCAGUAUGGUAGCUUUUAUCUGAUUUUAGAGGUUAGUGGUGAAAUAUGUCUUAGAAGAAAGGCAUCCUAGUCAUGUAUUUCACCUCUCAUGUACACAUGAUCUCUCUUAAAAUGUAUAUCAGAGUUCAGUAUUUUUUGACAGUGUUGAAGCAGAUAAACUCUAUAUUCCAAACAAUAUAAACAUAAUUUUAUGCUUAUAUUAUAUUAUUACACGUA